AUGGCUGGAAAUUUAUACUUUGUUUCGUUGUUAGUAAGCGGUGGUGCCGACGUAAACCACCGUGGUGUGGACGGUGAAUCAGUGAUGUCGUUGGCUGUCCGGUCCGGAAACUGUAGCGUUGUUCGGAUUAUGGUCAAAUGUGGGUUCACGAUUGAUCAUUCGUUUGAUCGGUUCUUACACGAUGCAGCUACGGUGAACGGGGUCGACAUAAUGGAGAUCUUGGGUUUGAGUUAUUUAGACAUCGAUAUGAACCCGGUUGAUUCAUUAGGUCGAACCGGACAUGAACCGACGGUUGAGUUUCUGCUAAGCGUUUCGAGUUAUGUCAAGUAUGCGGUAACUGACAAAGAAAAGACCGCAGUUGAUCUUGCGAUCGAAAAGGGUCACACGAAUCUUUACGAUAUGUUGCGUUUGGGAGACGUUUUGCGUCGAGCCGUAACCGCAAACAAUGUUCGUGGGCUCGAGAAAUGCUUAGCGGAAGGCGCGAAGGUGGACCGGAAGGACCAAAAUGGCUGGACCGCUUUACAUCGAGCAGCUUUUAAGGGUUGGAUCGAGAGUGUGGAACUUUUGCUAGAUCAUGGGGCUCGAGUCGAUCUGGUGGAUGACGUCGUCGGGUGCACCGCUUUGCAUCAAGCGGUUGAUAUAUUUGUAUAUAACUUAUGUCUUUAUACAAUAGAAAACCUUAUGUUACUUGUAUAUGUGUAUAGAAUUUAG